GCUCUAAAUUUGUUCUUGGUUGCGGUUCUUUGGUGAACAUCAAUUUUAUACGAAAUUUGUUUAUUUCAUUUAUUGCAAUUUAGCCGUCGUCUGACUAUGAGUCAGAAAUUACCAAUGCCAGAUGACUUCUCUUUCCCCUUCCCUCCAUAUGACAUCCAGCUGGAACUGAUGAAAAAAGUCUUCACAGCUCUGGAGGACCAGAAAUUAGCAAUAUUGGAGAGUCCUACAGGCACAGGUAAAUCACUGAGUCUCAUCUGCAGUGCUCUUACAUGGCUUCAUAAAUACAAUGAAGUGCAGCAGUCACGUCUGGAGAUUGAACUGAGGGCGGCCGAGGCUGCAGUGCAGCAGUGUGAGGCCGUGGAUGACUGGUUUGCAGCAGCAGGAGUGCGUCAGGCUCAGACUGAAGCUGUACAAAAUAUUAAAGAAAAACUUUCUCGGCUCAACAAAGAACGCUCUCGCAUCCAGGCAAUCAAUAUCAGAAAGAUGAAGGCAAAGAAAGAAAAAGAAAGUGAAGGAUCAUUUUCAAGCUCCUGGAAAACUCGUGAUGAGAAAACAAGUAAUAAUUCCAGGGAAAAUAUUUCUCCUCAGAAAAAAUCUCCAGUUGGAGAAGAUUUUCUUGAGGAAGAGUUGGACCUGUUGCUCAAUGAUGACGUGGAUGAGUCGUCUGAGCUGGAAGAAGCGGCAGAUGAAGAUGAAGAAGAAGGCUGCAUUAAAAUUUAUUACUGCAGCAGAACGCACUCUCAGCUCUCACAGUUCAUAGGGGAGUUGCAGAAGACGAGGUUUGGAGGCGCGCAGACUCGCGUCGUAGCACUCGCCUCCCGCCACAACCUGUGCAUUAAUCCUGACGUGAUGCGCUUAAAGCAUCCAAAUCUUGUCAACGACAGAUGCCUAGACCUGCAGCGCGGUAGCAGUGGUUGCGUCAGUCUUAGCUGCGCUGACGGCAACACCAAGGGGCAGAAGCGCAGCAAAGCGAACCAGGCCUGCCCCUGGAACCGUCCUAACGCAGUGCGGGCUCUGGGAGACGAGUUGCUGACUAACGUACAAGACCUGGAGGAUGCCGUGAAGGAGGGUAAGGCUCUUAAGGCCUGUCCUUACUAUGCUGCCAGAACUGCCCUCAGAGAUGCUCAGCUGGUGCUGGUACCAUACAACACGGUACUGCAGCCUGGUACACGAGAGGCGUGCGGUGUGAGGCUCAAGAACAAUUGCCUCAUCGUGGACGAGGCGCACAACUUGCUGGGCACCCUGGCCUCCGUGCAGGAGCUUACCCUGUCGCUGGCCCAGGUGUGUAGGAGCCGCGAGCAGGUGCAGCAAUACCUGCAACGCUACGAAAGCAGACUGUCUGCACGCAACCUGCUGCAUCUCAACCAACUGCUCUUCUGCCUCAAAGCCUUCAGCAGCGUCCUGCAACCCGAACUCAAUGCCAAGACUGCCAAGAACAAUGCUACUGAAGCGCCCGACAUGGUAACGACAUGUGCAGCGUCAGACGUCGGUGGAGCUGAGGAGGUGAUGGGUGGAAACCCUUUCCUGGUGUGCGUGGAGCUCUUCAGGAGACUCGUGACGAGUCAUGCCAGCGCUCGUGUUCUCGUCAAUGUUGAUGACUCUUCUCGGACCAUCAAGUAUCUGGUGCUAGAUCCUGCCUCUCACUUCCACGACAUUGUGCGUCAGUGCAGGUCAGUGAUCCUGGUGGGAGGUACCAUGAAGCCAUUCCAGGAGUUCCGUGAGCAGCUGUUCUAUGCCGCAGGGGCGCCCGAGACCCGCGUGAUGGAACUGUCGUGUGGACACGUGGUGCCCUCCGAGAACGUCUUGCCCGUGGCGCUCUCCACGGGUCCUACGGGCGUCACACUCGACCUCACACACGCGAAUAGAAACCAACCUCACGUGGUGCAAGAAGUUGGUCGUGUGCUUUACAACGCGUGCUGCGUGGUGCCUGCUGGCGUCGUGGUGUUUCUGCCUUCAUACCAAUACUCCGAGCUGUUCCUGAGCCUCCUACGCAAGCAGGGUCUCUUGGAUAAGAUUGAGACCAAGAAGAAAGUGUUCGUGGAGCCUCGCUCAGCCAGCGCCGUCGGUGCUCUCCUCGCCGCCUACGCCACGGCCGUCCGCCGCAGCGCCGAGGCCGCGCCGGGGCAGUGCAACGGCGCUGUGCUUUUCUGUGUCGUUGGUGGGAAGAUGAGCGAAGGAAUAAAUUUCAGUGACGGGCUUGGCAGAUGCGUCGUGAUGGUCGGACUGCCUUACCCCAACACCCAGAGCGUCGAGCUCAGGGAGAGGAUGAAACAUCUCGACGCUAAACACUUCGAAGCUAUGCGCCUCCACGGGAAAAAGAUCCAAGAAAACUCUAAAGCAGAAGAACCAAGUAGAGCGCAACGUUCGGGCGGAGAGGCGUACUACCACAACCUCUGCUUCAGGGCCGUCAACCAGAGCAUCGGGCGAGCUAUUCGGCACAGGCAAGAUUACGCUUGUAUGUUGCUUCUGGACCAGCGAUACUCGAGACAGUCGACGGUGUCUGCACUGCCGGACUGGAUCUCUCGUUCACUGCUUCGUGCGGACAAAUAUCCAAGCGCUCAUGCCGCUGUAGCUAAAUUCUUCGCACAUCAUAAGCAGAAGCAGCAGCGGUAAAGCGACGACGGGGCGAGUGAAAUGAUUUGCAAUAUCUGUGAUACUAACUGAGAUCUGAAAAAAGUAAGGAAAUGAAAGAAAGUAGAGUAGAAAUUGAAGUUGUAUAUAAUAGCAUUUAGUAGUGAAGUUAUACAAAUUCAAUCGUUCAUAAGAGAGUAUCUAAACAAGCAUUUAAGGUUUAAUGGAAUGUUCGCUGCAUAGCACCCAAUCUGUUACGUGCCUACCUGAACGUUGAUCAUAACUGUAAUAAAGUAUCUUUAUAAUGUAGGUAUAUAAAUAAUGUGGUCAUUUUGUUACAAUAAUUAAAAUGCAGAGUAAUGAUAUUAAAUUUGGCUAAAAAUUCUUAUCGGGGAUCGUAAUGAGGAAACUAAAAGAAAUUCGGACGCUUCAUUGCUUGGUCGUAUUGUUUUUGCGAUCGAGGCGGAGAAAUUUGAUCUGAUCAAUUGUAAUAAAAUUAGAAAAAAUCAAGAUCAUUUAGUAAAUUUAACAUUUCACCUUACGCAAGUCGUGAUAGAAAUUCUAAAUUGAAUACAUAUGUAAAGCCUAUCAUAAAUCAAUCAACGUCUUAGUGUUAAGCUUCUAUGUGUAUAAGUACCCAUUACAAUGUAAUUAAGUUUAUAAUAAACUGAGCAGUAAAUACUUGCAGGUUUUGUUCCGAAUUGUAAGCCAUGCGAGAAAAAUCUGUAAAAAAUUACUAAUGCUAUCGUCAUUCGAACCUCAAUGGUGAAUGGAAUAGAAAUGUUUAU